CAUGGUCACCAAGGAAACCAAAAGAUGCAGCUUCUAAAAGGUCUCUGAAGGCUUUUGUUACUGUUGUCUAGAAUCUGAUUGGCUUAGCAGAAUGGUGUCGGGGAUGGGAACAGACUGCCAGCGGCCUGCCCUGCGUCCUGCUGAAACUUCUAGGAUCUGGCGCUAAUGGCCUUGGAAAUCUCCUACUCGGCCCUUGGUUUAAGAAGGAGUGCUUUGGGGGUACUUUCUGGGUUAUGGUGAGACUUGGCUCUGCUGAUGAUUCUGCUGAAAGGACAGGAAAUGAGGAUUUACAGAUGGAUCCAGUGGAAAAGACCACAAACAGAAGUGAACAAAAAUCCAGCAGAAAGUUUUUAAAAAGCCUCAUCCGGAAGCAGCCCCAGGAGCUGCUCCUGGUCAUCGGGACGGGCGUCAGCGCCGCGGUGGCCCCGGGAAUCCGCGCCCUCUGCUCGUGGCGGAGCUGCAUCGAGGCCGUCAUCGAGGCCGCCGAGCAGCUCGAGGUGCUUCACCCUGGGGACGUCGCGGAGUUCCGCAGGAAGGUGAUGAAGGACCGGGACCUGCUGGUCGUGGCCCACGACCUGAUCCGGAAGAUGUCGCCUGACUGCCUGAUGGAGGUUUUCGACAACCUGGAACACCACAUCCAGAACCCGCUGGUGUUGCAGUCCGUCCUCAGCCUGAUGGACAGGGGCACGAUGGUCCUCACCACCAACUACGACAACCUGCUGGAGAUUUUCGGGCAGCAGCAGAGCAAGCCCAUGGAGUCCCUGGACUUGAAGGACAAGACUAAGGUCCUUCAGUGGGCGAGAGGGCACAUCAAAUACGGAGUUCUCCACAUUCACGGCUUGUACACCGAUCCCUGCGGGAUGGUCCUGGAUCCGUCAGGGUACAAAGAUGUUACUCAAGACCCGGAAGUCAUGGAGGUGCUCCAGAACCUGUACCGCACCAAGUCCUUCCUGUUCGUGGGCUGCGGAGAGACCCUGCGGGACCAGAUAUUCCAGGCUCUCUUCCUCUACUCGGUGCCCAACAAGGUGGAGCUGGAGCACUACAUGCUGGUGCUCAAGGAGGACGAGGACCACUUCUUCAAGCAUCAGGCGGACAUGCUUCUGCAUGGGAUCAAGGUCGUGUCGUACGGGGACUGUUUUGACUAUUUUCCCGGAUACGUGCAGGACCUCGCCUCUCAGAUCUGCAGGCAGCGCAGCCCAGAUGCUGACCGAGUGGACAGCACCACGCUGUUGGGUAAUGCGUGUCAGGACUGUGCGAAGAGAAAGCUGGAAGAGAACGGGAUUGAAGAUUCAAAGAGGCCCCGACGGUCCGAUGCAGACGAUGCCGGAGGGUCUUGAAAUCUUUAAAACCGCCAAAACCUGCCACUUGAAGACCAGCCUUGUGUAACCGCAGUGCCGUAACCCAAGCAACGAGGAACGUUCAGAGAACUCCGCGUGGCAUCUCUCGCUCCAAAACCGUCCUACACCCCGGAGAGCCGCGCGGGCGCCUCGGAGGCCGGCUGCAAGUUCCACCGUGUGGUUCGCACGUUCGGGAGGUAGAGCCUCACACGGGCCCCGACGGACGGCUACCUCAGGGACCGGCGUGGUGGGAGGGAGACCGGACUCCUGGCUUCUGCCCGAUGGGCCCCCUUCGUCAAGGUGGUUUUUCUAGUAAAAAGGGGAGGGUGAGGACUGUCCAAGCAACAGUAGUUGCCAAAGAGGGAAAAAAAAAAAAAAAAAAAAAAAAAGACACUUAAACUUACGAUUUUUACGUGGAAACAUGUUACUGUAGAAAAAAAUUCAAAGUAUGGUGGUUGCGUUGUUCGCUAGGAAAGAAUGAGCGGGUGCUUGUUUGAGGCACCGAGCCUGCUGCUGUGAGAGUGGUUGGUGUUGAAGAGGAAAGGCCAGCUGAGUGGGGUCGCUUUGGAAUUCCCUAAUUUUGGUGACUUCGGCUCCAAAGAGCGGCAGGACCCAACUGGCCGCGGAGCCCUGGAGCCCCAGGGCCUUUGCACGAGCGCAGCUCAGCACCGCACAAGUCGGUGUCGCAACGGGCGCCUGAGAAAUGACCAGUGGAGCGCGAGACCAAGUUUGCAGCUUUUAGUUAGAAUAGAAAUCCCACGUUUUCAGAGUCUUUAUUCUAUGGGGGAAGGUCCAGCCUUUCUGUUCUUAUCUCUUAGAAGUGUCUCCCCAGGGCCCGUUUGGGGUUUGCCCGGAAUGAGGCGGGCAGACCUUGUCAGGGGUGUUGGGGUUCACACAGGUGGGAGAGCGCCAUGCUGGGGGCAGGGCUCACGCCCGACGGUGGCCAUGGCGGUGACCCUGGGACCCUGCUUGGUUUCCUCCCAGAGGCUGCCUAUUUCGGAUGUGCUGUCCUUGCCCAACUCCAUGAUGCUCCCCCUUGAUGGCGCUGCCCCCCCCCCCCCCCCCACCCCGGUACAGAGAAAGUUAAGAACAAGAAACAUAAGGUUGGAACAUGUUGCGAGUGAGAGAUAAGCCGGAGACCUGCUUGAGACACUUUUUUUCUCUUGUUGAAGCAUGAAAAAUCUUUUAUGUUACUCUGGUCAUAAAUAAAAUUUUAACCUCGA